CCUCCUCCUGCCCUGUUAUCUGAUCGGUCGAUGCAGAUCUAGAGUCAGUGUGUGUUUGUCAGCAGAAUGGCAUCUCUCAGCCUCCUGCUGCUCAGCGCCGCUCUGAUUCACAUCGCACAGUCUCUUCCUGCUGGUCGUGGGAGGGGGCGUGGCCUGGAUGUCUCAGUGGGCGGAGCCACACGUCAGCGCAGAGAUGUUCACAACAUGCUGCCAUAUGAGGACCACAUGAUGUCAUACCGGGCCACACAGGAGGGAGGCGGAGCUAACGACCUGUACUACCAGACCAACGACUGGAGGGGGCGGGGCUUGGACCAGGCCCUGCAGCGAUUGGUGGAGAGGGACCAGAGGCGGGAACAGGAAGAGGAGCAGCGAGCAGCGUACCUGGCCGCUUUGCUCCGCCUACUGACUGAGGCCGAGCGCGUGGGAUUGGUCGGUCCUGAGGAUGUGGAGGUGGUGGAGGAGGAGGAUGAAGAGGAGGACGAUCAGGGGCCUCAGAGGGACUUCCAGGGACCAGCUCCUCCAGAUUAUGACGAGACGGGGCGGGGCCUCAGCAUGGGGAGGCCCCGGGCCGCCUGGUGGGGCCUCAUGGAGCCCCAGCUGGCUCAGGCCCUGCUGGACAGAAUGGAGCCGCAGCUCGCCCAGGUGCUGGUGGAGAGAGCGAGGCAGGAGAGACUUCAGCAGACGGGACGGGUUCCACCAGGACUGAACCGAGACGGAGACCAGGACACCCUGAGACGUCUGGUUGCUAGGAUACUGUCGAGCAUCGGCCCUAACAACGCCGCGGUGAUGACGUCUGGUCGCAGAAUGAGGAGGGACCUGUCCGUUGCCGCACCUGAACCUGCGAGCUCCGCCCACAGGAGAACCCGCCGUUCCCUUGACGACCUGGCUCCGCCUUCACCUAGCAACGACCCCCCUCUGCUUAGGGUGAAGAGGCUUGAGGAUGAGGAGGAGGCGGAGUUAGAGGAGGAGAAGCUCCACCCACAGGUGGGGCUGCAGAGGAUGAAACGAAUCGAUACGGAAGAGGAACUGAAUCAUGGGAGUCGUAGGCGCAGGAGGAGAGCUGCCCUGAACUACGACCCCCAAGUACUCAUAGAUCAGAUGUUAGAGUACAUGAGGGAGUAAGGAGAGAGGAGAGGAGGCAAGGGGAGGAGUCAAGGGGAGGAGACAAGGGGAGGAGACAAGGGAGGAGUCAAGGAGAGCAGAAGUGUAUCUGUUGUGUCUUUUCAGGGUUUCUUUCUGUUUUUGCUGCUUUUUGGUGAAAAUGUACCAGAUCAGUCAUUUGUUGUUAAAAAGAAGUGAUGGAGGAGACGUGAGCGGACCAGAAACACUUUCAUUUAAAUUCCUCAGAAGAUCUUUAGUAGUUUUAAUUUUGGAAAGUAUGAAA